AUGUUCAAGAACUCGUUUCAAUCGGGCUUCCUAUCGGUCCUGUACUCGGUGGGCAGUAAGCCCCUCCAGAUUUGGGCUGAUCAAGUUAGGAAUGGUCACAUCAAACGCCUCACCGAUUCGGAUAUACAAUCAAGUGUGUUGGAGAUCAUGGGGACGAAUGUCGCUACUACGUUUAUUCGAUGCCCGCUUGAUCCGAAGAGAACUCUGGGCAUCAAAUUACCAUUCUUGGUUAUGAUAAUUAAGAACUUGAAGAAGUACUUUACCUUUGAAGUUGCCGUGCUCGACGAUAAGGGCAUUCGCCGGAGAUUCCGAGCAUCUAAUUAUCAGAGGACUACUCGAGUGAAGCCUUUCAUCUGCACGAUGCCGAUGAGACUCGACGAGGGCUGGAAUCAGAUUCAAUUCAACCUGUCUGACUUUACCCGAAGGGCGUAUGGUACCAAUUACAUCGAGACUCUGGCUAUCCAGCUCCACGCUAAUUGUCGCAUCAGGAGGGUUUACUUUUCGGACCGACUUUACAGUGAGGAGGAGUUGCCACCAGAGUUCAAGCUCUUCCUACCCGUCCAAAAGUCAAUCCCCAAUGCGGCUGCCGGUUCCCCUCAAGCUACCAUAGCUACCCCUCCCCCUCCUCCACCUGCUGCCCAUGCUGUAGCAGCACAAUAGACGAUAUGCUAAGGUCUGCCUGUGGGAGUAUUUAGUGUAAGUCCAUGGAAUAUCGUACUGAUCGUGGACUAGAGACUGAGAUAAUCGAUUGUACU